UCAGAGAACACCAUUGUUUUUUUUACCAUUGACGUUAUAUUACUUCUUAUGGGUAUUUGUUAUUAAUUUGGCUAAAGCUCAGAAUAGUAACAUUUUGUUAUUAUUGUGAAGCUUAUUAAUUUAAAUUGAACUGUUUAUAAGCUUAAAACUAUGUUGUCAAUAUUAAGACACGUUAAAAGCUGCUACAAUAUUUUUUUAGAAUACCGAUGUAUGAGCACCGUGUCGCUACCUGAUCUUCAUAUUAUACUAAAUGAAAAAGGCGAGGCGAAGUUGGAUUUCCUGUACCCGUUCCGCAAGCGAGCGGCGCCGGUCGAGGAGACGCCCAAUCAGUGCUCGCUCGCCGGUCAGCCCAAAAUGUUGCCAGGUUCUGUUUUACAGUUCAGUGAAGAUAUUUUAGUAAAGUGGGAUCAGAAGCCCGAACGGGACAUCUACAAAGAAAGGGUGAAACGAACUUUCACUUACUGAGUUUCGAAGAAAAAAUGUAAAAUUGAAAUGUAAAUGUAACGUCAGUCGUGGUUUUGAAUAAAAAUGCGGUAUUACAACAUAA